AUAUGGCUGAGGAUAUUUACACCAUGCCCAACAUGGCCAGGAACACACAAGGAGAGAGAGAGGAGAGGAUAGUGGAGAUCUACGCUACCAGUGAGAGCCUCAGAGAUCAACACCAGGACUAUGUGGGGACAGAGGAGUCCUCCAAUACUCUGGGAACAGUAAGCAGUCAGCAGCCGGACCCUGUGAGCCCUCCUCGGUGUCCGAUCAGGGCUGUGGUGGUGCUUCUGGUCCUGCUGUCUGUUGUCCUGCUGGCUGGACUGGUUGGGUUGGCAGUGCAACACAAGACCAUCAUGGAGAAGACCGUAAGCAUGGACAGAGACGUGGAGCUACUUCACCAAAGGCUGAAGAAUAUGACGGAGCAACACAAGACCGUCUUGGAGAAGACCGUAAGCAUGGACAGAGACACUGAGCAACUUCUCCAAAGGCUGAAGAAUGUGACAGAGCAACACAAGACCGUCUUGGAGAAGACCAUUAGCAUGGACAGAGAAAUGCAGCAACUUCUCCAAAGGCAGAAGAAUGUGACAGAGCGGAGAGACUCACUGCUUUGUAAACAGGACUGUGCAGGUGGUUGGUAUAAGUUUGGUUGUAAAUGUUACAGUUUUACUGCAUGGAGCGGAUCCUGGAAUAAGAGUAGGGAGUUCUGUGUUGUCCACGGAGCAGAUCUGGUGGUCGUGGACAGUAAAGAGGAGAUGGACUACAUUAACAGAUGGCUCGGCGGUCACAUCUGGCUCGGAGCGACAGAUGAGGCCAGUGAAGGGAUGUGGAGAUGGGUUGAUGGGACCGUCCUGUCAGCGGCUAGCCCCUCCUGGAGUGGAGGGAAACCUGAUGGUGGCAAGGACAAGAACUGCUUAAAGAGUGUCUGGGAGCGGCCCAACAUUGAAUGGACAGAUGAAAGCUGUGAAGACAACAGAUAUGGGAUUUGUGAAUACAAUUUAAUGAAAUGAUGGAUGAAAACAUUUCUUUGUCUGACUGAUUUGAUUCUUUGACAAUCUUUUAUAUCUUAAUGCCAAUAGACAUUUGUUGUUUUUUCUCAUACUUGUUGAGUUCUGCCAUUCGAUCAGAGCUGUGAUUGGCUGCAAGGUUUUAUAUCUCCUUAAAAGGAGACGACAUGAAGACUUCCCUGGUCACUGCAGGAGCUGUACAUAGAUGCUGCCCAUGUGACAUAAUUUUUUUCAAUGUUGCAACAGUUGCUCUCUGGGUUGGAGGCUGGGGUUAGGUGGUAAAUAGUCACGACAAUCAUUGGCAGGUUUUCAGUUGCUGCAAACCACACUAGUUCUCUAUCUAGGGGUGUAUUUGCUGCCUUGGCCUUUGUCCCCUCAGCUAAUUAGUUAAUUAUUUUUCCGUUGAAAUGUAUCUCAACUUUGUCACCAUGUAGUGUGAUUACUAUAAAACACUUGUUUAUUAAUUAUCUGUUGGUUCUACGGUGUUCAGAGCAACAGUAGACUUGUGUCCUUGUGUCUGAAUCGGCUUGUAGGUUUGCACUAAGUUCUGCGUUACUGAAUGAACACUUUUAAAGGUUCAUAUAUACAUAUGCAUUCUCACACAUAGUCAUUUGUAAAUUGCAUUGAAUCUGUAAAUGUAGUGUCCAUUCAGCUGUGUUUGCUGUAGUGAAUUGUACCUUUUAUUAAAUGUUGAAAAUUAA